GUGCUCGAGAGAGAGAGAGAGAGUAAACAACACUUUCAUUUUUAUUUAUUAAUAUUAAUUAAUUUAUUUGACUCUCUCUCUCUCUCUCUCUCUCUCUCUCUCACAGACACUCUCAGUCGGAUAUAAAUGGAGACGAAGCCGAUGCGAAACUGCUGAAAAGCUUUGCCUAACAUCUCUUUUCUCCUCUUUCAAAUCGCCAUCAUCGUUGACGAAUUCAGGAAACGUAUAUACACAUGGCGCUCUUGUCUCAGGGAGGAGGGGCGUACACUGUUCCUUUUGGAACUCUAUGCUCAAAGACUAGUGCUAAAGCAGUUUCUGGUUGUGUAAAUGUGUUGAGAAUGAAAGAUUGCUCCUUCUCUAGGAGUCUUUCCACCAAAUCAAUGCUUGUUGAGAGGAGUAAGAGAGGGAAUCAUCAGUUGAUUGCUGCGGCUAGCCCUCCUACGGAUGAGGCUGCUGUUGUUGCAGCUGAGCCGCUGACGAGAGAGGAUCUCAUUGCCUAUCUCGCCUCUGGCUGCAAAUCUAAAGAUAAAUGGAGAAUAGGUACAGAACAUGAGAAGUUUGGUUUUGAGGUUAAUACGCUGCGCCCUAUGAAGUAUGAUCAGAUAGCCGAGCUGCUUAAUAGUAUCGCUGAGAGAUUUGAGUGGGAGAAAGUCAUGGAAGGUGACAAGAUCAUUGGUCUCAAGCAGGGGAAACAAAGCAUUUCACUUGAGCCUGGGGGUCAGUUUGAGCUUAGUGGUGCUCCUCUUGAGACUCUGCAUCAAACGUGUGCUGAAGUCAACUCACACCUUUAUCAGGUUAAAGCUGUGGCUGAGGAGAUGGGAAUUGGUUUCUUAGGAAUCGGUUUCCAGCCCAAAUGGCGUAGGGAGGAUAUACCCAUCAUGCCAAAGGGGAGAUACGAUAUAAUGAGAAACUACAUGCCUAAAGUUGGUUCCCUCGGACUUGAUAUGAUGCUUCGAACGUGUACUGUUCAGGUUAAUCUGGAUUUUAGCUCUGAAGCUGAUAUGAUCAGGAAGUUCCGUGCUGGUCUUGCGUUGCAACCUAUAGCAACGGCUUUGUUUGCAAAUUCCCCUUUUACCGAAGGAAAGCCAAACGGGUUUCUCAGCAUGAGAAGCCACAUAUGGACAGACACUGACAAGGACCGCACAGGAAUGCUACCGUUUGUUUUCGAUGACUCUUUCGGGUUUGAGCAGUAUGUUGACUACGCACUUGAUGUCCCUAUGUACUUUGCCUACAGAAACAAGAAAUACGUCGACUGUACUGGAAUGACAUUUCGGCAAUUUUUGGCUGGAAAGCUUCCUUGUCUCCCUGGGGAACUACCAACAUAUAAUGAUUGGGAAAAUCAUCUGACAACAAUAUUCCCAGAGGUCCGGUUGAAGAGAUACUUGGAGAUGAGAGGUGCUGAUGGAGGUCCCUGGAGGAGACUCUGCGCCCUUCCAGCUUUCUGGGUGGGUUUGUUAUAUGAUGAGGACGUUCUCCAAGCUGUAUUGGAUCUGAUAGCUGACUGGACUCCAGCAGAAAGAGAGAUGCUAAGGAACAAAGUUCCGGUGAGUGGUUUAAAGACUCCGUUUAGAGAUGGUUUGUUGAAGCAUGUCGCUGAAGAUGUCCUGAAACUCGCAAAGGAUGGUUUAGACCGUAGAGGCUACAAGGAAGCUGGUUUCUUGAACGCUGUCGCUGAAGUGGUCAGAACAGGAGUUACGCCGGCAGAGAAUCUCUUGGAAAUGUACAAUGGAGAAUGGGGACAAAGCGUAGAUCCUGUGUUCCAGGAACUGCUGUACUAAGGACCGGACUUCAAGGUGCGAGUUUAUGCUAUCUGAAGAACUCAGGUCUCAGGAAUAAGUGUUUUUUUUUUGUUGUAAUCGGAUUUGAAAACUGAUUUUGUUAUUAAAGAUUCGAAUCAUCGAAAAAGUCAGAAGAAAAUUAUCUGGUAUAAUUCACAACUUCCAACACAAUGAUAUGUGUUCUUUGGACUUAA